AUGAGAUGGCCGCCAUGGAGUCCCGAGUCGACCAAUGACGAAAAACAAUCAAUCUGGAGCUCCUCAAACAACUCAAGCUCCGUCCUAGACUGGCGAGCCUUCGUCGAACCAAGAACCCUAGUCCCAACCAUCCUCCUAACAAGCGGUAUCCUAAUCUCCGUCCGCAUCCACCGAACCUACCUACGCCGCAUCCCAGAUGCGCCUAGCAUCUCGCCCUCGUUCCUCCGUCGCCGCAGCGUCUUCGGUCAGGUUACUUCCGUCGGCGAUGGUGAUAACUUUCGCAUUUUCCAUACGCCCGGCGGGGAGGCUUGCGGGCUGGGGUUGGAUGCCCUGGAAGAAGUUAAGAAAGAGUUGAAAGAUAAUACUGUUCGUCUCCACCACUACACCCAGAUCCACAUUCGUCUGGCAGGCAUAGAUGCACCAGAACUAGCGCACUUCGGUCGCCCUGAACAACCCUUCGCGCGCGACGCCCAUACCUGGUUAACAAAUUACCUGACCAGCAAACGCGUGCGCGCCCUCGUCCACCGACAAGACCAAUACUCGCGUGUUGUAGCGAGUGUAUACGUGCGCCGGGCUUUUGAUUUCCCGCCUUUUCGGCGGCGAGAUGUUUCCUAUGAAAUGCUGAGGAGAGGGCUGGCGACUGUAUAUGAGGCGAAGGUUGGGUCAGAGUUUGGCGGGGAGAAGAUGGAGAAGAAGUAUCGAAGGGCUGAGUGGUGGGCUAAGAAGAGGGCUAAGGGGCUUUGGAGGGAUUAUAAGGCUGUUGGAGGGAAUUGGGAGAGUCCAAGGGAGUAUAAGAAUCGGAUGGGCAUGGGCGAUUCCACGCUUGAGAAGAAGAAGUAG